AUGGCUACUAGAGCUUUGACUCCAUCGUACGCAGCCUCAGCCGUCUCUGGUGGUUUAACUGCGUCCUCUUCCUCUACGUCCUACUCAACCAGUGGCGGCGGCAGUGCUGGAGCAACCGGCAAGUUCCGAUGGCGCGUGGAUUCCGAGAAGAACGUCGUGGUGUGGAACUUCGAGCGUCGGGGCUGGACCAAGACCGAAGGGGACGACUGGAACAUCUACUGGGCCAACAAGACCGCGAUCAAGAACAUGUUCAACCCCGAGAACGGGGUGCGGCUAGUGGACGGCCAGUACGUCAACCACUUCCCGAACCACUACGAGCUCACGCGCAAAGACCUCAUGGUCAAGAACAUCAAGCGCUACAAGAAGGAGAUGCUAGCGAGCGCGGCCACAAGCGCCGCAUCAACUACAGCAUCAGAUCCAGCGUCCACUCCGGGUGCAUCGCCGUCUGUAUCGUCCGCCGAAGCGCUCGACUUCCUGCCCACAACGUACACGCUGCCCGCAGACUACUCGCUGUUCGUGGAGGAGUUCCGCCGCAACCCGAACGUCAUGUGGAUCAUGAAACCUUGCUCCAAGGCGCAGGGCAAGGGCAUCUUCAUCAUCAACAAGCUCUCUCAGACCAAGAAGUGGGCCAACCAGCGGUGGACCAACAUGCCGAUCAAAGAGGGAUACGUCGUGUCUCGCUACAUUGAGAACCCGCUGCUGGUCGGGGGCAAGAAGUUCGACCUGCGCAUGUACGUGCUGGUGCUGUCGUACCGCCCCAUGCAGGCGCUGGUGUACCGCGAAGGCUUCGCUCGCUUCUGCAACGUGAAAUACUCGGCAGCGGCGGACGACAUGGACAACCCCUUCAUGCACCUCACGAACGUCGCUGUCCAGAAGAACAACGAAGACUACAACAGCAACCACGGAGGCAAGUGGAGCGUGGCCAACCUCUGCCUCUACGUGGAGGCCACCCGCGGUCGCGGAACCGGAGACAAACUACUGCGAGACAUCCACGCAGUCAUGCUGCACGCGUUGAGGGCCGUGCAGAACGUCAUUAUCAACGACCCGCACUGCUUCGAGUGCUAUGGCUACGACAUCAUCGUGGACGAGAACCUCAAGCCGUGGCUCGUGGAAGUGAAUGCAUCUCCAUCGCUCUCGACCACCACGCGGGAGGACCGCAACAUGAAGAGUCGACUGCUGCGAGAUGUUUUGGAGCUGGCUGUGGCAGCCGAUGCUGGACCUGAUCAGCGCCGCGCGGUGCUUCCACCCCCUACUCUCAGUCCGACCACGGGCUUCAUGUGGCUACUCAAUGAGACUGCUCAGCUCGAAGCUGAUCGACUGAGAACUGAUGCACUCCGUAAAAACGCCAAGCGAGCGUCGAGUGCUCAAUGGAGGUGA